CGGAGUCUCUUAAGUACUCCAUGUGGAGCCACACGUCUCCAUCUGAGAGCCCAGGGAGAUGCCAGGACUUGCCUCCCUGUCCCAAGACGGGUGUGCGUGUGUGCGUGCGCGUGCGUGUGUGCGUGCGUGCGGUGGCAAGGUGAUAUGAGGCAGCGGGGCGUACAGUGCUAGGGUGAGAACAAGGCGUAAGGACCGGAAUGUCUUCCUGCCAGGCUGGAGGUGGGACCGACUCUACCGCACAUGUGACUCUAAUACUUCCACAAACAAAAGGUCCCCUUCCCUGGGGGGCUUCCAGGAGCUCCUGCAGAAGUUCCUAAACCAGCCAGGGGUUUUGUCUGGUGCCCACAAACCUGCGUGUUGCCCUACAGGCUCUGACCCACACACCCCCACCCUCGAACCUUCUAUGCCUUGUCCCCACCCCCAGGGCCAGCAUCCCCGUAAACGUAAUUCUCACGGAGUCCACCCCAUCAAGGGAGCUCUGAAGCCGAGCUUCCCAUUCCACCCCACCCCCUCCACCCACACAGCUGAGCUCACCGGCUUGGCCUCUUUUGCAACUUUCCCAAGUCUGUGCAUGAGAGGGAGAGGAGGAAAACAGAAGCAAGUCGCUUGGCCUCAAGAAGCUGCUCUGAUCCAAAGCUUUUUUCCUCUGAACCGGCUGAGACCUUUGCUCUAAGAGGAGACUCCCAGACUCAGAGAGAACGUCGCCUGCCCUCGGAGGCCGGAUGCUAAGCAGACGCCGCUGUAAGUGCCCUGGAAGUUUCUUCAGUUCUUCUGUCUGUCCCAGCAACCCCCAGAGGCUCUGAAGGCCCUCCAUGAAUCCCCGGAAGAAGGUGGACCUGAAGCUCAUCAUCAUCGGAGCCCUGGGUGUAGGAAAGACUUCCCUCCUCCACCAAUAUGUGCACAAGACGUUUUACGAGGACUACCAGACCACGCUGGGGGCCAGCAUCCUCUCCAAGAUUAUCAUCCUGGAUGACACAACUUUGAAACUACAGAUCUGGGACACGGGCGGACAGGAGCGGUUUCGCUCCAUGGUGUCCACAUUCUACAAAGGCUCUGAUGGCUGCAUCCUGGCUUUUGAUGUCACCGACCUGGAAUCCUUUGAAGCGUUGGAUACCUGGCGGGGUGAUGUUCUGGCCAAAACGAUUCCAAUGGAGCCAUCCUACCCCAUGGUGGUGCUGGGCAACAAGAUCGAUCUCGCAGACCGGCAGGUGCCCCAGGAGGUAGCCCAAGGCUGGUGUAGAGAGAAGGAUAUUCCAUACUUUGAAGUCAGUGCCAAGAAUGACAUCAAUGUGGUACAAGCCUUCGAGAUGCUGGCCAGUCGGGCUCUGUCCAGGUAUCGAAGCGUCUUGGAGAAUUACCUCGCAGACUCCAUCAAGCUCUCGCCAGAAGACCAGCCCAGGAGUAGGUGCUGCUGAUCUCCUGGACUCCCGCUCUGGUCUCCGACGAAGCCUGCCUGGGGCCUGGGCAUCCCGGCCCCACCAGCGCCCCCACCUGCCCAAACUCAGCCCAAGCAGCCUAGGCUCUGCAGCCAGAGCCCUCUACCCCCUCGCCUCUGUGCUGGGUCCAGAUCAGAGUACAGCCCCUGCCUCGGGCUGAGUGUAGUGAGGACCCGGCUGGGCCCUCAGGGACCCCGAUGGAACCCAGAACGUCACAGCCAAAUCUUGACCCUGGAGGAGUCACAGGUCCCUCACUGGCUCCAGCCUUCCUGCUACCCACCCUCCCCGAACACAGCCCUGCUCCAGAACGCACGUCUCUGCAGACGGACAGGCCACUGUCUCGAGUCCUCUUCUUCUCUCCUGUGAACUGGCCUUCCUCGCCCAAGCCACCACACAGCCCCAAAGCUCCAGCACAGCUUUGGAACAGGGCGCAGCUCAGGCUGCCUUGGUCACCAGGGCCAGAAGGUGAGGGCCUGCUUCAACCCGUGCCGGCCACCGUUCAAGCCUGGAACAUCGUUCUGUCCCCUCCAGGGUAGGGGACUGAGAGACCAGGAAAGGCACCAAGGACUGGCUCAUUCUUCUCUGCUGGCUGCUCAGAGACUCCUAUAAAUCUCUCUGAGCCUCGGCUUGUUCGUCUGCCAAAUGGGGGUAUGUGCCCUGCCCACCGCAGAGAAUAUGAUUUUGAUGACCAGAAGCUCUGCUUCAAUCUCAGUUACUCUUGUUGACAUGCAUUUAUUUAUUCCUUCAACGAGUAUUGUUGAGAAUCUACUAUGUACAAUGCACGGAGGUCCAGUGACAAAUGAAACUAGCAAAGACCCUACUCUCCGGGACCCCAUAUUCUGAUAAGGGAGAGAAGCCCUAGGCACAGAAUUGAAACAGACAUUCUCAAAUAUUAGAUGAGUGCUUGAACAAAGCAAACAAGGAAAUGGGAUAGAAAGAGACAGGAGCUGAGGUUGGUGCUAUUUCAGACAAAAUGGUCCAGGAGGGCUUCCCCGAGUAGGUGUCAUUUGGCCCAAGAACUAGAGAAGAAUAGGUGACUGCCACUAGAGAUCUAGACAGGGAGAGGAGGCAGCAAGAGCCAAGGCCCUUAGGGGAGGACAAGCUUGCUGUGUUCCAGGAACAGUGAAAGGACAUUAAUUUACCUGAAGACUCCAAGCUGCUGUCCCAGAGACAAGCGAAGGCGACCCCGCCCCGCGAGCUGCUCCUUGAGCCUCUGCUGGUUGGCCACCAGAGGGCAGCAGUGCUCCUUCCCUUGUAGGCUGGGUGGCCAGCGGCCAAGGCAUGACACUUGAAGGGGGGUGCUUUUCUCUCUCCGUGCUGAUCCUCAAAGCUGGUCCUCAGGCUGUGGGCAUGUUUAACCCUGUGAAAUCUGUGGGGCAGGAGAAUCCCAAUUUCUUACACCUAGCAAGAAAUGGGCAAAAACUGAAACAUGAAUAAUUCAGGCAAGAAAUCCACAUCAGUGACAAAUACUACAAUGAGGGGUCUGGAAAACUCAUGGACUCCCUGUCCCUGCAGACUCUUCUGGCAAGAGACAGCAUAGACAGGGCCCGGCCUGAAGGGGGUGGACAAGAUGACCUCUCAGAGGCUCCCAGGCCCCAUCAAUGCCCACCAUGCAAGUCUCCUGUCUCCACAGAAGUGUCCUGCACUGAGCUCCGAGCAGAGCUGGGAUGUUCACCUAGGACUUCUGAUGUCACCUGACUCUGAAGAUACUCCCGGAGGUAGGGAAUCCUGGCGGGGAGGGGCCAGAGGAGAGUUUGGGGAGCCUCGUCUCCCCAGCAAGCUGUGGAGUAAGGACUGGCUCGUCCUGGGCGGCGGCAAAUGUCCGGGAGCAAGCCACUGUCUCUAUGUCCUUCAUGCGAGUGGCAUUCUGCAUGUCACACAGGUUCUCCUGGGAGUCCGUCGGACUGUGGGUCGGAUGUACGGUGUUCAGGUUGUGCAUACAGCAGCUCAUGCACCGCAAUGGACACGAACUGUUUCUAAAUGAGUGCCACAAAUAAUGUGUCCUUCUUUAUUGUUCUCCUUUUUGGUAUUUUGUUAUUAAGUGUAGAAAACAAACAGGGAUGCCUGGGUGGCUCACUCGGUUAAGUGUCUGCCUUCCGCUCAGGUCAUGAUCCCAGGGCCCUGGGAUCGAGUCCAGCUUCGGGCUC